AUGAACUUACUGCCUGACACUGAGAAUAAAAUUAAGGUGAUGGAUUUGAAUCCCCAUCUGCUGUGUUCGCUGUGUAGCGGCUAUAUGAUUAACGCCAGUACCAUCAUAGAAUGUCUCCACUCGUUUUGUAAAUCGUGCAUAUACAGCUACGUAGAGUCCAACAAGUAUUGUCCUAUCUGUGAUGUACAGAUCCAUAAAACUAAGCCACACACCAAUAUUAAGCCUGACAAAACCCUGCAGACGUUGAUCUAUAGACUGGUGCCUAACCUGCUGAAAAAUGAGAUGCAAAGAAGACAAACAUUUUUUGACGAAAAUCCGUAUGUUGGUUAG